AUGUCGCUCUCCAACAAGCUCUCCAUCACCGACCUCGACCUCAAGGGCAAGCGCGUCCUGAUCCGCGUCGACUUCAAUGUCCCCAUGGCCGAUGGCAAGGUCACUAACCCCGCCCGUAUCGUCGCUGCGCUCCCUACGAUCAAGUAUGCUAUCGACAACGGCGCGUCCAAGGUCAUCCUGAUGUCCCAUCUCGGCCGCCCCGACGGCAAGCCCAACGCGAAGUACUCCCUUGAGCCCGUCUCCCACGAGCUCGAGAAGCACCUCGGCAAGUCUGUGCUCUUUGUCAACGAAUGUGUCGGUCCCGAUGUCGAGAAGGCCGUCGCCGAGGCUCCUGAGGGGUCGGUGAUCCUGCUCGAGAACCUUCGCUUCCACAUUGAGGAGGAGGGUUCGAGCAAGGACAAGGAAGGCAAGAAGACCAAGGCCGACCCCGCCAAGGUCACCGAGUUCCGCGAGGGCCUCACCAAGCUCGGCGAUGUCUACGUCAACGACGCAUUCGGCACUGCCCACCGCGCCCACUCCAGCAUGGUCGGUGUGCUGCUCGAGCAGCGCGCGGCCGGCUUCCUCAUGAAGAAGGAGCUCGACUAUUUCGCCAAGGCUUUGGAGCACCCCGAGAGGCCGUUCCUGGCCAUCCUUGGUGGCGCAAAGGUUUCUGACAAGAUCCAGCUUAUUGAGAACAUGCUGGACAAGGUCAACUCUCUGAUCAUCUGCGGCGGAAUGGCGUUCACCUUCAAGAAGACUCUCGAGAACGUCAAGAUUGGCCAGUCCCUGUUCGAUGCGCCGGGUUCCGAGAAGGUGGCUGCGCUGGUUGAGCAGGCCAAGGCCCGCAACAUCAAGGUCGUUUUCCCCGUGGACUACAUCACUGCGGACAAGUUUGACAAGAAUGCAACGACGGGUAGCGCCACGGACGCGGAAGGCAUCCCUGACGGCUGGAUGGGUCUCGACGCCGGCCCGAAGAGCCGAGAGCUCUUCCGCGAAACGGUAUUGGAGGCGAAGACCAUUCUCUGGAACGGCCCGCCCGGUGUGUUUGAGUUCCCCGCUUUCGCCGCGUCUUCGGAGGCUCUGCUGGAUGCUACCAUCAAGGCGGCACAAAAUGGCGCGACGGUGAUUGUCGGCGGUGGAGACACCGCGACUGUUGUGGCCAACUACGGCGCCGAGGACAAGCUCAGCCACGUCAGCACUGGCGGAGGUGCGAGCCUGGAGCUUCUGGAAGGCAAGGUGCUUCCGGGUGUCGCCCAGCUGAGCGAGAAGAAGUGA